CUACCAUAUAUGAAGAACUGAAAGGAAAGGGAAUUAUCCCAGACCCGAGGCCUGUGAGAACUCCUGAAAAUAAGUUGGAUAAAACUCGGUACUGCGCAUACCAUAAGUCUCCAGGACACAAUACCAACGAGUGUCUUGGUCUUUUGUCGGCACUCUUACGUUUAAUCGGACAACCCCAGCUUCAAAAGUUUCGAAAUUUCGAUAACCGCCGGAAAGGAAGACCCUUGGAUCUUUCAGACGAUGAAGAUGAGGAUAACCGACCUGUUAACCAGAAAAGAGCUCGUGCAAACGAUAAGGAAGUUUUUAUGUUUUCCACUCAUGUCGGAACCUCGACAGAUAACCACAGGAAACCUAAGAUGCAUGAUCCCGCAGAUUCUUCACAUUGUAUACCUCGAAUCAACUCCAAUAACAAACAGUUAGAUACGUCUCGACGCAAAAUUAAAGCCUAUGCCCGGGAGGCACAGAAUGCCGAGAAACGAGUCAUGACUGUUGAUCUCCGAGAUACCAUCAACAAACAGAAUUGUCCUAUCACGUUUAGUAUUGAAGACGCUAAUUUGUUCGCUCAUCCUCAUUCCGAUGCUCUUAUCAUAACCGCCCCGAUUGGAGGGAUUCCUGUUCAUCGGAUCUUGGUCGACACAGGGGCUUACUCAAGCAUUUUGAUGCUCCGCACAUUCAAGAAAUUGGGUUUGGACCCAGCAGACAUUAGGCCAUGUAACGAUCAAAUUCAAGGUUUUAAUGGAAGCAUUUCUUGCCCUGUUGGCGAAAUAUUGCUCCCUAUUCGGUUUGGUGGCUUUGGGCCGAAGUCCAAGAUCAUUAUGGAAACUUUCAAAGUCUUGGAUGUCCAAAAUGAAUAUAAUGCUGUAAUAGGGCGAACCGCACUUUAUAAACUUCGUGCAGUUGUGUCGAUUUUUCAUUAUGCUCUGAAGUUCCCCACCAUUGAAGGGGAAGGCACUCAUUACGGAGAUCAACGAGAAGCCCGAAGUCUGAUGCUGCUCUCAACCUCGCCUAAUUUUUAUAUGAUUGAAGAACGAGAUGCUAAUAACUUCGUUGAGCCGAGUGAUUCAAUUCUUGAUGCUGAAAGAACUGAUCAGUCCAUCCCGGAUACCGACAUGCCUCAAGCAGAUACCGACUUGCCGCUUGUCGAUACCGAUGUCCCUAUGACGUCGGUCCUCCCUGAAACAUCAACUAAAAUCCUCGAUCAAGAACAACCUUUUCAUGAAAGAGACAUAGAAAUGUACGAAGAUAUGGACCCAAGGAUGCAAUUCAAAGAUGGAAGUCAUCACGUCCGGGCGGAACCCGUUGAAGAUAUCGAAAUCAUUUAUGUGGAUGGGUCGGCUCAACGAAAAUCGCUGCGUCUUGUGGCCAACCUGCAAGAACCCAUUCGGUCAAAUUUGAUUCAGUUUCUCCAGUCAAACGCUGAUGUGUUCGCUUGGAAGCAUGAAGACAUGAAAGGGAUUGACCCACAGAAAGCAUGCCAUCGUCUCAAUUUGGACAAAACUGUCAAACCCGUUAUUCAGAAACGCCGGAAAUUCGGCCCAGAUCACCAAAAGGCCCUUGAAGAGGAAGUAAACAAGCUCAUAGAUAAUAAAUUUGUUAAAGAAGCCAAAUACCCGACGUGGAUAUCAAACCCUGUUUUGGUUAAGAAAGCCACCGGCCUUUGGCGUCUGUGUAUAGAUUUUUCAGACUUGAAUCAAGCAUGCCCGAAAGAUAGCUACCCCAUUCCACACAUUGAUUACAUGGUAGAUGCUACGUCGGGACACCAACUUAUGAGUUUUAUGGAUGCCUAUUCAGGCUAUAAUCAGAUUCCCAUGCAUCCUGAUGACGCUGAACAUACCUCGUUCUAUUCAGCUCGAGGCCUCUACUGCUAUGUCAUGAUGACUUUCGGAUUGAAGAAUGCAGGGGCCACGUAUCAGAGGUUGGUCAAUAAGAUGUUUGCUCGUUUAAUCGGCCAUACAAUGGAAGUUUAUGUAGACGACAUGUUGGUGAAGUCGGAACAGGCCUCUGACCAUAUCACCCAUCUCUCCGAAGUCUUCGAUAUACUCCGAGAAUAUUCCAUGGUGCUUAACCCCAAGAAGUGCACUUUCGGAGUUGGAUCAGGGAAGUUUCUAGGAUACAUGGUAAGUCAGAGAGGGAUCGAAGCCAAUCCCGCCAAGAUUCAAGCCAUACUUGAUCUAGCUCCCCCGACAUCUCUCAAAGGUGUCCAAGCUUUAACUGGUCGACUGGCAGCCCUUAAUCGGUUCAUUUCAAAAUCUGCGGAUCAUUGCAAGCCAUUCUUUGAUGCUAUCAAAAAGAAGAAACCGUUUGAAUGGACCACGGAAUGCCAGAAUGCUUUUGAUAACAUUAAAGAAGUUCUUUUACGAUUACCGACGUUACAGAAGCCACUUCCCGAUGAACCUCUCUAUUUGUACCUUGGUGUAAGUGACGUUGCUGUUAGUGCUGUUCUCAUACGACAAGAUGGACUUCAACAGUUUCCGGUGUAUUAUGUUAGCAAGGCUUUACAUGACGCUGAAUUGCGAUAUCCGCAUAUGGAGAAGUUGGCCUAUGCUCUGAUAAUUGCUGCACGGAAGUUGCGCCCAUAUUUUUUGGAGCAUUCAAUUGUUGUGUUUACGACAUAUCCUCUCCGACAAGUCCUUCAACGACCUGACACGUCGGGAAGAAUGAUUAAAUGGGAAAUUGAGUUGGGACAAUUCGAUAUUCAGUACCGACCACGAACCGCUAUCAAAGCUCAA